AUUUAAGUGUUUGUAUGCACGCAUCAAGGGACUGGGUUGUGAUGGACUUGAGUCAAAUCUUUAAAACAGACUGGAUGUGACCCUGUGACCCCUGGUUGCCAGGGAGAGAGCGGUGGGGCCAUGGCUGCUGGGGCUACGGUUGGGGAGAGCCAACUCCAGAGGAUUAUCCGAGAUCUGCAUGAGGCUGUUGCGGAGCUGGCAAAGGAAUACAGGGAAAGUGGGGAGCCAAUCACUGAUGACAGUACCAACCUGCACAAAUUCUCCUACAAACUGGAGUACCUGUUACAGUUUGACCAGAAGGAGAAGACCACAUUUCUCGGUACAAAGAAAGAUUAUUGGGAGUACUUCACUGAAUGUCUGGCUAAAAUCAAAGGAGCCAAUGAUGGGAUCCGCUUUGUCAAAUCCAUCACUGAGCUGAAGACAUCUCUGGGAAAAGGACGAGCGUUCAUCCGUUACUCCCUCGUACAUCAGCGACUGGCUGACACCCUGCAGCAGUGUCUGAUGAACCAGAGAGUCACCAGUGACUGGUACUAUGCAAGAAGUCCCUUCUUGAAGCCCCACCUUAGUGUUGACAUAAUCAAUCACCUGUACGAACUCAAUGAGGUCCAGUUUGAUGUAGCUUCCAGAGGUCAUGAUCUGGAUGCCUCCUGGCCAACUUUUGCAAGGAGGACUCUGGGAAACUCACCAGGCCACAUGUGGAAACCACCCAGUCGCAGUUCCAGUAUUAACAGUCUAGCCAGCACCUACUCCCAGCAAGCACAUGAGUUCCCCUCCAGCCCUGACUAUGGUCAGGGUCUGCUGAAUGACCUGAACGAGUCUCUGCCUGCCUGCACUGAAGAUGCCAGCACAGUUGAUGACCUUCGCCUGGAGCUGGACCAGUCGGAGCUAAAACAACGAGAGCUCUUAGAUAAGGUCCAGCAGCUGGGCGAUGAGGCUUCUGAGCUCAGGGGCGUAGUUGUGCAGCUCCAGAGGCAGCUGGAUGUGUCGCUUGCUGCCCAAGAGGCACAGCAGGGCUUGCAGGGAGAUCUCAAGGCUCUGCGGGGAAGAGAAGAGGCUCUGUCCAGAGAGGUGGAAGCACUCAGGACUGGGGAAAAAGCCAGGGAGGCUGAGCAACAAGUACUCCAGGAAAAGCUGGAAGCUGCUGAAGGGAAGAACUUGGAGCUCAUGGCCAAGUUGGAUGGGGUUCUGAAUGAGAAAGGCCAGCAGGCAGCUAGUUACUUUGAUUCAGCUCAGAAGAUACAUGAGCUGCUGGACAGAUUGAAAGAGGCAGAGAGAGGGAAGAUGGAAGCUGUGGCUGAGGUAGAGGAGAAGAAGAGAGAGGCAGAGAGGCUGGAAGACGAGCUGAGAUUCAAGGAGGCAGCUGUAAAGCACGGCGAAACAAAACUCGAAGCAUUAGUUACAUCUGCAUCUGAGGAGAAGGCCAAGUUGGAGGCGAAAGUGGAGGAACAGUGCAGUGCCCUUGAUAAGCUGCAGGGGGCCUUGACCGUGAGGGAGAAGGAGGCAAGUAACCUCCAAAGACAGCUGCAGGACCUCCAAAGAUCUCUAGAGGAGAAGGAGAAAGAGGUGGAGGAGGUAAAGAGGAGGGCACACCAAGAUAAAGAUGAAAUGCAGAAGAAUGUUUGUGGUUUAAAAGAGUCUUUAGAAGAUGAAGUCACUGCCCUCAAGGAGCAGCUGAAGAGGAAAGAGGCAGAUUUUGCCUCCAGCAGCGAGACACUAAAACAGCUAGAAGCCAAGAACCAAAGCCUGUCCACAGAGCGGGACAAACUGACCACUAACCUUGCUGACCUAGAGGGUAACGUCAAAGAUCAAGCCACAAAGAUAGAAGACUACAAGACACAGUGCGCCAAUCUAAUGGAGCUCAAUAAGAAACUGCUGACAACAGUGAAGAGAAAUGAGGAGCUGAAAAAGGAGAUGGCAGAUAAGAGAACAGCGCUCGAAGCUGAGUUAGCAGCUCUCAGAGCUUCUGAGAAACAGCUUCGCGGCCAGCUGGAUGAUACCAAGAUGACAGUGGAUGAAAAAGAGAAGAACCUGCGUGAGGAGAAUCGCAAGCUGGAUGAGAGUCUGCAGCGAGCCACGAUGGCAGCAUCGCUCUCAGAGGCCACGUCAAAGCGUCUGGAGCAGGAGAACCAGAGUCUAAGAGAGGAGCAGGACACUGUGAAAGCAGCUCUUAGCCGCAUGCAAGCUGACCUGAAGAGCGUUCACGGGCAGAUCGGAGAGCUGGAGAAGAACUUGGGAGCUUCACGCAAGAAUGAAGCAAGCCUUCAAGAACAGCUCCAAGCCAAACAGGCCCAGCUGGAGAGUAAAGAAGAGAACCUUGUUGAGCUGCAGUCCAGGUUAAAUGCUCUGGAGGCCAGGGAGAAGGAGCUUGAGAUUGCCAAAGCUGAUGUGGAGGCAACUUGUGCUAAACAGACAGAAGUGAUUGAAAGGAUUACCUCUGAGAAGCAGGUGAUGGAAAAAUCUCAGCUGGAGAGGAGCGCAGUCCAAGCAAAGGAAAACCAGGAAUUGACAAGCAAACUUGAGGGCCAGUUGGAGGUGUGCAUGAAAGAAUUGUCCAGGCUCCAAGCAGAGAUCCUGGAUCUUAGGGUGCGGGUACAGAGGUCUGAGGAGGAAAAGGUAAAAUCGCAAGCACAGCUGGAGGUGACAGAGGCCCAAAGAAAUGAGCUCAGGACUCUGACCGAGCAGCUUAAAGCCCAGACAGAGGCCCUGAACCAGAGACAUGUAGCAGAGCUUAUGGAGUGCAAAAAGAAAGAAGAGGCCCUGAUCGAACAGCGUGAUCGAGAAGUAGCCGCCCAUGCGGAGUUGUCUAUCUCUGCUGCUGCCAAUCGAGAAGAGCUUACAAGCCUCAAGGCAGAAAAUAGCAGGCUCGUUUCAGAGAACAAUGAGAAACGUGAGGGCCUGCACAGGGCGAACACAGAAAUGGCAGAGCUUGGGAUGACCAUCUGUAAGUUAGGUGCAGAAAAGGAGGAGGUCAGAGAGCAUUGGACAAAAGAUGCUGCCAGGAUUGAAGAGAUGGAGAAAGAGGUGGAGCGGCUAGAAAAGAGCAUGGCAGAACUACAGCUGGAGAAUACUAAACUAAGAGAGGAGCUGAUACAGAAGGAGAACCUUCCAGAGGCUAUCAAGGAGCUCCAGGAGCAGCUGGAUAAGGCCAAGAACCAAAUGCAGAGCGUCAAGGACUCUAGCCGAGAGGAGGCGGAGGCUGUCAAGUUCCAAAUGAGCUCGGAGAGCAUGAAUCAUCAGGUCCAGAUGAAGAGUGUCAAUGAGCAGCUAAACAAGGUGAAAGCCGAGCUGCAGGAGGAGCUGAAUAAUGUGUCUAGCUUAACGGCCAAAGUGUCUGACCUGGAGGCUGUGAAUGAAAAGUACCUGCAGCUAACUAGUGAGAAAGAUGCUCACAUCAGAAAGACAGAAACAACCGUUCGUGAGGGUGAAAGCGAGAUUCAGCAACUGAGAGAUGCAGUAACCAGAGCUGAAGAAGCACACUCUUCUGUACAAAAGGUCUGUGAGGAAUUGACGGAGAAACUCAGCACAACAGAAGCUGACAAACAAAGUCAGCACCAGAAGAUGACUGCAGAGAUCGAUGACCUCAACAGAACCAAGACCAACCUUGAAGAGCGACUCAUCGAGCUUAUAAGGGACAAAGAUGCUCUGUGGCAGAAGUCAGACGCUCUGGAGUUUGAGCAGAAACUGCGAGCAGAGGAACGUUGGUGGUUAGUGGAUAAAGAGGCCACACACUGUCUCGGCUGCCAGGGCCAGUUCACUUGGUGGCUGCGUAGACAUCACUGCAGGCUCUGUGGUCGCAUCUUCUGCUACUACUGCAGCAACAACUUUGCAAUGACCAAGCACAGUGGGAAGAAGGAGCGCUGCUGCAGGGACUGUUACACCCAACACAGCGCAGUGGUGGAGAGGUUCACAGAGGCAGAGCUGAGUCCUUCAGACACUCAGCCUCCUCCACCUGGAGCUGGACCUCAGCCACCUCCUGAACCUGCGCCGUAUAAACCCACUCCUAGGGUAACAGUCUCAGACCCCAGCAGUAAAUCUGAUGAUGGAGCUUUCGACAUUAUCACAGAAGAGGAAGUGAAUGGCGUCUACGACAGUGACACCACCUCCCAGACUACAGGAGGCUCCAUGGAGGGAGAACAAGAACGACGUCCUCCAGGAUCACUGGAUAUUGGCACAGGUGAUAUGACCCCUGAUGAUCUUGAAGAGCAUGUUCCCACUGUUCAGGAUUCAGAAAUCAACCUUCUCAAAUCAGGAGAAGUCACGAUGGCUGUGCCUCUCAGCAUUGAAGAUAUUUCUCAGUUUGGCGACGGCUCCAGGGAACUCUUUGUCAAGUCCAGCUGUUACAGUGUGAUAACCGUUGCCGUGGGUGACUGUGGGCUGACCAUCAGCUGGAUGUUUUCCUCAGAGCCCAAGAGCAUCUCCUUUAGCGUGGUUUACAGGGAAUCCACUGACACUCAUGUGGAACAGUCAAAGGUCCUGAUUCCUCUGACUCGCUGCAAUUCCCAUAAAGAGACAAUUCAGGGACAGCUGAAAGUCCGAAACCCUGGCCUCUACACACUCGUCUUUGACAACUCCUUCUCACGGUUUAUCUCCAAGAAAGUCUUCUACCAUCUGACCAUGGAGCGGCCCAUUAUCUAUGAUGGAAGCGACUUUCCCUGAAGUGGGAUAAUUCCCACAGAGGCACCAGCAUGAUGUCCCAGAGACAUCAGCGUCUUGUCACUGUGGCAGCUGAAGGGAGACUGGGGAGAGUCAACAGUCAAGCAAAUUCAAUGACUGUUUCUAAUUAAUUUGACUUUUUUUGCUCUUUUCUUCCCAAAACCUGUUUUUAGCCAAGUAUUUUAUGUUUCAGAACUUUUUCUGUAAUAUUUAAGUCUGUGGUGUUGAUGUUUUUGAGGUGUGCUCAUGUUUAAUUGUGGCCUAAAUGAAGUGAUGUCAACCUGAUGAAAGCGGUUUUAGAAGGAAACAGAAAGACACAUUAUUAUGCAUUUUUUUUUAAAUACACCAAGUAAUAUAUGUACGUUAAGUUUAGGUAGGCUUAAAUGAGAAAGUUAUUCAAUUUUAGAAAUGUGUGUGUGAUUUUGUUGUUUCUUUCUUUAAUUUUUGUCCGUCUUAGUUUAGCUUUGACUUCCCUUUCCCAAAUAUGCUAUUAUGUUAGGGAAUGCAGGUUACUGCAGAUAGCACCAACAGUAUGAAAUAUGAUGAAAGAGUGUUGUCAGAUGUCAGGUAUUUAUUUGCAAAAAUUGUCUGUGAAGACACAGGGGACAUUUUUAAAUUUGCUAAAUUUUGGUCAGUCUUUGUGCAAUCUUUGAAAUCAGAGCUUUCAAAACAGAAAAGUUUAUAAACUUUUCUGAACACUAUGUUUGCACUUUGCCAGAGCAGGAAGGAAAAAAAAAGCAGGAGCUAGUGACUGACCUGGAAAAAUAGAUUCUGUUUGAUGACAAAGUAAAUUAACUUUGUGCAAAUCUCAGGAGUAGGACAUAAAAUUGUCCUCCAGUGGUAGCGUGUCCUAAUUUUAUGGUUUGGAAAACUAAAAAAAGAGAAA